CAUUUAUACGCUGGGUGCUCGGCAGUCAGACACUCUGGUUCAGCGUUUCUAGAGGGGAGGGAGAUAACAGCUACCUUCACAGCUCCACAAUUACCUCUUUUAUUUCUACUCCUCUUUUUUUUUCUUCCCCCGGACUUAACGGCACACAAAAACAAUUUUGGGCAACUUUUUAUAACUUUUCCACAACCAAAACUUUCCAAAAAAACACCAGUCGUGGCACAAACAACACCUCGUCGCAGUGAAGGAUCCCGCUCGGUCCUCCAUGAAAGACGGAGUACGGCAGCAGAUUUGGGGAAGAGACAUGUCAGCGACGGUCCUGUCUACUUUCUACGACAUGGACAUGCUUUACAAGCAGGAGAAAAGCAUGAACAUGAACGCCCUCCACAUAAACAGCAUGCUGGAUAAGAAGGCGGUGGGCGCUCCGGUCGCUGCUCUGGGCUCCGGAGGCUCCUUCGCGCCGGGAUUUUUCCGCAGAAACUCCACCAGCAACCUGGAGGCGAUGAGCAACGGCAACAAGUACUCUCUGGGCUCCUACAGCAGCUGCAGCAGCAUGAAGGAGAACUCUCCAAGCGGCGGCAGCAGCGCCACGGCCCUCAUGAACAAGGAGAACAAGUUCCGAGACCGCGCCUACAGCGAGAGCGGCGAGCGGGGCGUGCUGCAGCAGAAGCCCGGCUCGCAGAUCAACUCCACCCGCUACAAGACCGAGCUGUGCCGGCCCUUCGAGGAGAACGGCUCCUGCAAGUACGGGGAGAAGUGUCAGUUCGCCCACGGCUACCACGAGCUGCGGAGCCUGACACGCCACCCGAAGUAUAAAACGGAGCCGUGCCGCACCUUCCACACAAUCGGCUUCUGUCCCUACGGUCCCCGGUGUCACUUCAUCCACAACGCCGACGAACGGCGGCCCGCCCCGCCGGCCAAUGCCAACGUGCAGGCGGCAGAGCCCCGCGGCUACAGCCAAAGGGACGUCCUACCACCACAGCAACUUUGCUACACCCAGAGGGACAGACCAAAGCUCCACCACAGCCUCAGCUUCUCGGGCUUCUCCACCCACCACGGACUCGAAUCCCCGCUGCUCGACAGCCCCACGUCCCGGACCCCGCCACCCCCCACCUCCGCAUCGUCCUGCACCUCCGCGUCCAGCUUUUACGACGACGUCCUGUCCCCCAGCUCCAUGCCCUGCAUCAACAGCGCCUUCUCUUUCCCCGGGCAGGACCUGAAAGCCUUACUGGCCCCGCUCGCCGUGCACACGGCCGGCGGCUACCCCAACAACCACUCCAGCGGUGCCUUCUACGGGAACGCGCCGAGCAACGUGAGCCUGCAGGCGCUGCGCCGCCUCAGCGAGUCGCCGGUGUUCGAGCCACCACCCAGCCCGCCGGAUUCUCUCUCAGACCGGGAGAGCUACGCGAGCGGGUCCCUCAGCUCUUCCGGGAGCCUCAGCGGCUCCGAGUCCCCAAUUCUUGACGCUGGAAGGCGUUUGCCAAUCUUCAGCAGGCUGUCGAUUUCAGAUGACUGAAUCUGGUUGUCUGCUUGGAUUAUAGACUGGUUGAUUUGAGUGAGGAGUCAGGAGGUGCUGGUGACUGAGACUGUUCUGUAAGCAGAGGAUAUCAAAGUUUGGCUCCCCUCACCUCCUGGUCCUCGUUUCAGCAGCAGCCACCCUGCUGAAGUGCCUUUAAGCAAAACGUUUGAUUUCCCACCAGCUGCAGGGGUGCAGACCCUGCUCAGACCUCCCUGGAGGGGGGACAAGAGACCAGUUUCCACUAGAGAUGCACCGAUUAUGCUUUUACCCGGCCGAUACAGAUUUCCGGUUUUCUUUGUGGUCCGAGCGACCAAUACUGAUUUUUUCUUUCCUCUUUAGUAGCGACUAAACACAUUAAAAGGAUAAAUGUGCUACAGGUUGCCUGAUAAAGGUGGUAGUUUGAAUCCAACAGAAAAUGAAGGAUUUAUCCCAAACCUCUGUGGUUUUUACUAAACUGAAAAUGACAUGCUGUUUGAUGCAUUUACUGUAUAGAACAAAAACUUUGGUGUUAGUUUUGUUGCAUGUAAUUAAUACGAGGGGGGGGG